GCUCCCACCUGCCUACCUGGAGGCACUAUUUCUAAAGCUGCAGCCCAGGUGAGCUCAGCACACAGGGAGCAUGGACUCACUGCGCCUGCCAGAGCCGAUGGCUGAUCAAAACAAAAGCAAGGAAGACUCCAGUGAGAGACAUGGAGAUAAAAGUAAAGAGGUCAUAGCGAGCCCGGCACACUCCACUGUGGCUUUGAUUGAUGAGGAGCUGGAGGACGUGGACCCAUGGGACCUGCCCGAGCUGAAGGACACAGGGGUCCCAUGGUCAGCUCUGGACACCAAAGGGAAGGUGUUGAGAGUGGUGGUGUCGGUGGGGAAGCUGGUCCUGCUGCUGGGCUUCCUCUACAUGUUCAUCUGCUCCCUCGAUAUCCUCAGCUCAGCUUUCCAGCUCGUUGGAGGUAAAGCAGCAGGUGACAUCUUCCAGGACAACUCAGUUUUGUCCAACCCUCUAGCUGGUCUGGUCAUCGGGGUUCUGGUCACCCUGCUGGUCCAAAGCUCGUCCACCUCCUCCUCCAUUGUUGUCAGCAUGGUCUCCUCUGGACUGCUAACGGUGCAGCUGGCGGUUCCCAUCAUCAUGGGCACCAACAUCGGCACCUCUGUCACCAACACACUUGUAGCCAUGACGCAGGUCGGUGAACGCAGCACCUUUCGCAGGGCUUUUGCAGGGGCUACAGUGCACGACUUCUUCAACUGGCUCUCUGUUCUGGUGCUGCUGCCUCUGGAGGUCGCCUCUGGCUACUUGUACACAGUCACCAAGCUCAUCAUCGACUCCUUCAACAUUGAGAGUGGAGAGGCCCCAGACCUGUUGAAUGUGAUCACGGAUCCUCUAACUGACUCAAUUGUACAGUUGGAUCAGUCUGUCAUUAGUGGGAUUGCCACCGGAGACCCAGAAGCCAGGAACAAGAGUCUCAUCAAGAGAUGGUGCCUAACGUUCACCAACACAACCCUAAAGAAUGUUACAGUCCCUGGUCCAGAGAACUGCACAUCCGCGUCGCUCUGCUGGGUCGAUGGCAACAUCACCACCACACUGAAGAACAUUUCUGAAACGUACAAUAUCAAGAAAUGUACGCAUCUGUUUGUGAAUGUGAACCUGCCUGACCUGGCAGUGGGUCUGAUCCUGCUGGCUCUUUCUCUGCUGGUGCUCUGCUCCUGCCUCAUCCUUAUCGUCAAGCUGCUCAAUUCCAUGCUGAAGGGACAGGUGGCUGGCAUCAUCAAGAAGAUCCUCAACACUGAUUUCCCAUUUCCAUUCGGUUGGGUCACAGGUUACAUUGCCAUUUUAGUCGGCGCUGGAAUGACCUUCAUUGUGCAGAGCAGCUCAGUUUUCACUUCUGCCAUUACUCCACUUGUUGGUAUUGGUGUCAUAAGCAUAGAGCGAGCAUACCCAUUGUCCCUGGGUUCAAAUAUUGGCACAACCACCACAGCCAUCCUGGCAGCUAUGGCUAGUCCAGGAGACACCCUGGGUAAUGCCCUACAGAUUGCCCUCGUGCACUUCCUGUUCAACAUCAGUGGCAUCAUUCUAUGGUAUCCUAUCCCCUUCACGAGAAUCCCUAUCCGGCUGGCUAAAGGCCUGGGCAACAUCACCGCAUCCUACCGCUGGUUUGCUGCUGUCUACAUCAUCGUCUGCUUCUUCGUCCUACCCCUCCUUGUCUUCAGCCUGUCCCUGGCUGGCUGGCAGGUCCUGGUAGGCGUUGGUGUACCUCUGAUUCUCAUGCUGAUCAUCAUCAUCGUGAUCAACGUACUGCAGAAACGGAAACCUGGGUGUCUGCCUGCAGCACUGCGAUCCUGGGACUUCCUGCCUCUCUGGGCCCACUCCCUGGCUCCCUGGGACAAAGUGGUUGGCGCAUGUACAGCCAAAUGCUGCUGCUGCUGUAAAUGCUGCCAGAUUGCUGUUGACGAUCAGGAACAAACAGAGAGAGAAUCUGCGGAGAAUAACAACAAACCACACGCAGAGGUGUACGAUAACCCUGCAAUGAGCGCAGACAAGGAAGUUGAGAGUGAGAUAAAGAUAGAGCUAGAGAUUCUGAAAAUGACUCGGCUCUGAGAUGUUAUAUAUAAAUGUGUGACCAUGUGUGUGAUAGAAAGAAGUGUAUUGGUCAUGACACAAGGACCAAAUGCAUUUGGCCAAAUUUCCAUAACAUUUUUGUUUAUAUUUAGUAGAUUUAGUUUAAGAAACGGUUAUUUAAAAAAUUCCAACUCUCAGCGUAUCAUUAACAUAAUAACACCUACAGUAAAGCGUUGGUCUUUCAGCUGUAUGGUGCUAACUGAAGUUGCCUUUAAAGGAUAAUGCUGGCAGUAGUCUUUGUUUUGUUAUUGUCAAUGUAUCCUGCGGAAAAAAACUACAUCAACAAAGGGUUAGUAGAUCUCUCAACAGAUUUUUACUUUUCAUACCCCGCCUUUGGCUUUCAGAACUACUUUUUCCAUGAAUUUCUAUUUAUUGUUCAAUACGAAGAGUUGAUAAUAUAUGAUAUAUAUUGGCUAAAUAGCUCUACUGUGACAACAGGUGAUCCUGUGCUUAAGAUAUAUUUUUGUUAAGCAAAUAACUUGUGAUGUUUUUGAGAUUUUUGGUGGCAUUGCCCAGAACUACUUUGUAGCAAAUGUCAUCAUCACCUUGCUAUCAUCACAAACACAAUAGUGAAGAGGGCACGUCAGUAACGUUUGCAUUGUCAUUGAGAGCAUGUUAGCAAGUUAAUGUUAGCAUUUAUCUCAAGGCAACCCUGUGUGUCACCAAGCUGCUAGCAUGGCCGUAGAUUCCUAGCAUAGCAGGGUUAACUCCAAGUUUGCUGGUCUAUCGCUUAAAAAAACUAAACACAGGGCUAAAAUCUGCCAGUGUAAAAUAAAACACAGUAGUUGUAAAUCAUUCUAGACUGCAAAAAUCAGUCCUGUGUGCCAGCAGAUAUUAAUCCUAGCCCAGGGCUAGUUAGCCAAGGCUUAAUUCUUAGCUUUAAUCCCUGCGACAAGAAUAAGGUGUGUGAAAAGCACUGAGGUGGGGGUGGGUGCCUUUGGCUGUGGCAGGAUUACGUUACACUAAAAGUGUUCUCAGUCUGGGGCUAAAAGGGAUCUAUUACCUCUUUUCCACUUGUCAGAAAUCCCACUGAAACCCACCAAGAUCAGGCUUUUGUGUGCAAUGGGAAUGGCUAAACUAGGCAUACACACCCGGGUCAAUUGACUUGGCCAGCAGACCCUGAUUCUUUUCGGCUUGGCUCAUCUCGGUUUUGAUCUAAACGUAAAACGUCUAGUGCCUGGCUAACUUGAGUGGGGAAAAAUUUACUUAAUCGUGGACCUGCAUUUAAAAAACGUUGGGCUAACUGGGCUUCGUGUGGUGUGAAAAGCCCUUUUGUCAGUUCCACAGAGGAAAAAUUAGACAUUGCUACAUGUUUGUUGGAGGGCUCAAUUAAUUGUUAGGUUUGGUCUUUUAAUGGGAUUUGUGGAUAAUGAGAAAAAUAUAGGAUAUCACCAGAUUUAUCCUAUGACGUUUGACUUUAGCUCUGAUGGGUUAAAAACUGUCACUUAGAUGGCAAAGGGGAUGAAUCACAAUGGUCGAAAUGUUGUUACCGGAUGUCAUUUUACAAUGAGAUCACCUGAACAAAUAAGACAUCUAUGACCAGCAGGUGGCUGCAUUUUGUCAGCACAUGCUAUUAAACUGUGAAGACUUCUGAAUAUACCACGGCUUCUGUGCACUACGAGAGUCACUCAUGAUAAGAUCUGCACAAAAACUCCUCGACAGGAAAAAAUGCUCAUUAUGUUUUUUCAAAUUUCAUCCUUUUUUUUUUUUUUUUUUACAGAUUAAGAUUCUUUGUUAAAAAAAGAAAUGUGUAUAGAAGACACAAUGAAAACCUCAACACAUCGUUUUAAGGUGUAAAAAAAUAUUUUGUAAUUAAGAGGGUAAUUGUAUUCAAGGAAUAUAUAGAUGGAAAUUAGAUGAAUGUACAUCUAACUUAAUAUUUUUAAACCUUUAAUUCUUUAAAUGUUCUUUAGACUUUGUCUCAGUAUUACCUGUUUGAAUAUUUAAAAAGGAAAGAUUAAAAAUUAUACCUUUAUGAAA